CUACAAUAGCUUCGUUCUUGAGGACUUCGCUUAGAAGAAAGGAUCAAUGGAUAGACAGUCACUAUUAGAGAAGAAAAGACAACGUUUGCAAGAAUUGAAGCAGCGAAGGCUAGGUGAAUCCGGUACAACUCUGGAAAACACAUCAUUCGAAGAUAUUGCCGACACUCUCAAACAACAGCCCAGUGAAGCCAGACAAGUUAGUGUUGCUAUUCAAACAGACCAAUUUCCAAAACCAAAUCAUUCAGAUCCUGAGUCAUACGUGCCUGGUCAAUUCACCCGAUCAGAAGGUGUGGUUACCUUUGAUAAGGGUAUACAAGUUGAGCCAUUGAUUCUUGACGAUGAAAACUUGGAAGAAACAUUACUAGAACCCCAGGCUAAGGAAUUGCCAUUAGUGACUGAGGAUGAGAAACUUGGGAAUGGUGAACAUGAAGCUGCCGAAGUUGAAGUUGAAGUGAACCAAGAGCUUUUACAAUCACUUAAAAGAUUGAACAAGGUGAUUGCAAAGGACCCAGGCUAUCCUUCCCUAUUUGCUGACUUUGCUAAAACCGUUCCCAUCGCUGAGGGUGUAGACGAUGCAGAGACUGAAAAAUUAAAGACCCCCUUCCAUAUUGAACAAAGCUUACCACCUAUUGAAGGAAGAAGCAUAACUUCGAUUGAUAUAUCGAAUUAUCUUUCUGGACUAUUGGUCGUUUCGUAUUCUGGCACUUCAAAAACUAAAAAAUCUGUGAAUUCAGAAACAUGUUCAUCUCGCAUACGCCAUUCUCCUGGUUUGGCAGUCAUUUAUAGCAUUAAAGAAGACAAGCCAUUUCCUGAGAUGUUUUUAGAAUGCACAUCUCCUAUCAGUAGGGUGAGAUUUGAUAGAUCGACUCCUUCUAAAAUAAUUGGUGGCUUAAUUACAGGUAAGAUAGUCAUUUGGGAUUUAGCUGACAUUAAAGAGGAUAAAAUCGGUAUUUUACCAACUUUGAAAUCGUCUGUUAUAUCCUCAAUUGGAUCAACAUUGGCGAAUAGAAAGGAUGAAAGUAGUGUCAGACUUAUACACCAUACUUCUCCUAUCAUGUAUAUUGAUCAACUUUUCAGUGAUCACAGCUCAUCAAUCCUCACAAUCUCAAACGACGGAGUCAUAAAUGUUUGGUCGAGUAAUUUACUUGAAACUCCAAAACUCAAUUCAAUCAAAUUAUAUGCAACAACAGAAGCCAAAUACUUAAACUCCAGUUUCAUUGAGCCUGUGACAGUCGAAACAGCAUUAACUAUUGGUGGUAAUUCGAAUGAUUUGAUGAAGCAUUCCAAGUCUUCUGCAUCACAUGAUCCUGAAUAUAGAUUUAUGGAUAAACUACUAGUAGGAUCUAAUUCGGGAGUAAUUUAUGCAUUAGAAAAUAAUAAAGAAAGUGGUUUUAUUAAAUCAGUUCAUGAGAAUGAAUUAGAAGGCGAAACAAGUCAUGCUAAUAAGAUCGUGACAAUGAUUGAAUUAUCUCAUAGAAAUCAGUCUUACUUAUUGACUUCACAUCUUAAUUGGACAUUACAGUUAUGGGACCUUAUCGAAAAAGAACCAGUUCUUACUAUACCAACAUCAUCUAUAAUAACAGCCGCGUGCGUAAGACCUGGAUUCCCACUUCAGUUUGUGACUGUUGGUACAUUUGAUGAGAGUGAAGUGAAACCAACUAUUCAAUUUUGGGACUUAAAUUGUAGAUUAAUGAACCCAAUUACAGAAUUACCUUUGGUAACAGAUGAAGAGGUUCUUACUGCAACCAGCAUUUUAUUUAAUGACUUGGGGAAUAAAUUAAUAAUUGGGUUUAGUGAUGGUUCUGCAACAGUUUGGUCAAUUGAUGAUGAGGCAAUAAAUGAGACUAUUGAGAAUAAUGGAAAUCUUGACGUUGAUGAAGGAUUUACUAGUUUAAUGGCCCAGUCAUAA